AAGACAUAACCUGCCUAUCUGCUCUGAAGAGUAGAGCUGUUUUAAAGCUUGGGUCUUUUAUUGAUCAGGAGUUGCUUGCAUUGUUUUUUAUCCAAACCAUGUCCAAACUGGUGGAGUGUGUCCCAAAUUUCUCUGAAGGGAGAAACAAAGAGGUCAUCGAUGCCAUUGCGACUGCUAUCUCCAGCACAGAGGGCUGUCUCCUUUUGGAUGUGGACCCGGGCCCCUCCACUAAUCGCACUGUCUACACAUUUGUAGGCUCUCCUGAAGCGGUGCUAGAGGGAGCACUCAGUGCUGCCAGAGUUGCCUUUCAGCUCAUUGACAUGACGAGACACACAGGGGAGCACCCCCGGAUGGGCGCUAUGGAUGUGUGUCCUUUCAUUCCCGUGCAGAAUGUUUCCAUGGAGGAGUGUGUUUGCUGUGGGAAUCGCUUUGCACAGCGACUGGCUGAGGAACUGGGAGUCCCUGUGUAUUUGUAUGGGGAGGCAGCUCGUAAGGAGAACAGAAGAUCAUUGCCAUCAAUCCGUGCUGGAGAGUACGAGGCUCUUCCAGAAAAGCUAAAAAAGCCAGAAUGGGCCCCAGAUUUCGGACCAUCUCGUUUCGUCCCUACAUGGGGAGCGACAGUGACAGGCGCCCGCAAGUUCCUUAUCGCUUACAACGUGAACCUCCUGAGCACCAAGGAACAGGCCCACCGCAUUGCUCUGGACAUCAGGGAGCAGGGUCGGGGGAAAGAACAGCCUGGCAGCUUGAAGAGGGUUCAGGGGAUGGGCUGGUUCCUAGAAGAAGCCAACCUUGCCCAGGUCUCCAUCAACCUUCUUGACUUUGAGGUCACUGCCCUGCACAUGGUCUAUGAAGAGGUCUGCAAAGUUGCAGAAGAGCUGAACCUGCCAGUCGUGGGCUCUCAGCUUGUUGGGCUGAUCCCCCUGAAAGCUGUGCUGGACUCUGCAGAGUUUUACAUCCAAAAAGAAAAGCUCUUUAUUUUGGAGGAAGAACACAAAGUGCGACUGGUUAUCAACCGACUGGGUCUAGAUUCUCUUGCACCUUUUGUUCCAAAGGAAAGAAUCAUAGAGUACAUGGUUGAGAGUGAGGACGAGAGCCUGGUAUCUAUGCCACUUCGGAGCUUCAUUCGGAGUGUUGGAGCAAGAUCUGCUGCACCAGGGGGAGGCUCUGUAUCGGCUGCAAUUGCUGCAAUGGGCGCAGCAUUGGGAGCGAUGGUGGGACAGAUGACUUAUGGAAAGCGACAGUAUGAAGAUCUAGACGGCAUCAUGAGAAGACUAAUCCUUCCCUUUCAUCAGUCCAUGAAUGAGCUGAUCUCAUUGGUUGAUGCAGAUUCAAACGCCUUCAACAGCUACAUGGCUGCCCUUAAACUGCCUAAAACCACAGCUGAACAGAAGGAAAGGCGUGAAGCUAUGAUGCAGGAAGGCUUGAAGAAAGCCGUUGCAGUGCCCUUAUUUUUGGCAGAGAAAGUGAACAGCCUGUGGCCAACUCUAAAGGAGCUGGUCCUCUAUGGAAACAUAGCCUGCAAAUCAGAUAUUCAGGUGGCAGCUAAAGCCCUAGAGACUGCAGUGUUUGGAGCCUACUGCAAUGUGGUGAUAAAUCUGAAGGACAUCAAAGACGAAGCCUUCAAGACGGCAACGCAGCAAGAAGCUUCCGGUAUGCUGGAAGAGGCCAGAGCAAGUGUGAAUACUGUGCUGGAGGCAGCAGACGAAAGAAAGAAAUAAACAAGAGCCACGUGGAAUUGCCUGUGGAAGCAGAGAUCUGUAUCCAUGGAAACUGCAAACAAUAAACAUUUAGCGUGAAAGUCA